UCUGAGUUUCUGCAGGGAAGUUGAAUUCAUGUCUAAAGAGAAAGACUCAUGAGUGAGACAGAAGCAGAGUGUGAUUUAGAGACUGCUCAAGCCAAACAGGACCAGAAGCACCAUGGCCUGCGCUGAUGUUGAUAUGGACAUCCAUGAUGAGGAUGAUCGGCACAGAGGUGGACAGAGGGAGCAGCCAGUAGUGCGUUAUUAUCAGGCCUCUGAGAUGAUACCAGACAAGAAAGGGCCACUGCACGAUCUGAUGCAGAAACAUCCAGCUGUGUUGGGGUCUUUGCAGAUGGUGAGUGGCCUCCUCAGCAUCGGAGUGGGAAUAGUUUUUGCAGCAACCCAGGAGAUCCAUGAGUCGCUUUUCUCUCUGUUCAGAGUUUCCCAACUGAGCGGCUCGCUGUUCAUAAUCGCUGGAAUUGUUUCCAACCUGUUGUUCAAAUACCCAGCAUUGCUUAGUGUGUGCCUCACAGUAAACGGCGGCUGCAUUAUUGUGGCCGUUCUUGCAGUUCUUCUGAUAAGCGUCGACCUGGCCAGGUGGGAUCCACAAAAUGAAGAUCAUCUGAGGCAGAUGGAGAUACUGGAGCUUUGUGUACUGGGGCUUGAAGUUUCCCUCUCUGCAGUCCUCUGCUUCUGGUUCUCCAAAGAGAAACGUGCGAAAAACAAAUAAUCAAACUGAUGAAAUUUGCUGAGAAGAAAGUGAGAAUAAAUAAUACUAUACUGUAAAUAAAGUGUUUGAAUGAAGAGGAAUAGGGAACAAUAUAUUUAUGCUUAAAAGAAGUUAAGUGAUGCAAACCUUUAGUGUUUUCUAUAGUCUGAGUGUGGCUUUCAGUUUUGUCUCAAUUGUCUAUACUGGAGUACAAACCCCCGCUGCACAGCCUGGGCUGUGGUCUGUGCGUAAAGACUGACUCGGACUGAGAACACAGGACUUGUGGUAAACGAGUGUCAGCUUCUCUCAUGUGCAGGAAAAACCACUUUUUUUCUACUCAGCCCCUGCAUCUCUUUGUUUAACGGUAGUGCUGAGUCUCUUAGUUCACUUCUGUUUAUUUGCAAGGGUCCCUCUGUGUGUGGUUUUUACACUCAUACUUUUUUAUCAGUGGAAAUAUCGGUUGCAUGUUUUUGCGUGCACUCACACUUUUGAGAUGUUUUCACGCACUGAGCGUUUUGCUCAACUUUGAAGACUUUUGUCUGUAAAAGAACAGCUUCCCCCAGUGUAACAACAAAUACAACCACGUGUUUAAAACGUUUUAAUCUUCUGUACAAGGACUGACUGCAAGAGAAGUGCGACAGUACAACAUUGUCGGGAUUGGUCAGCUAUGUUUCGUUUUGUAAAAUACAUCUACAGUAUAAACACAUGGCUAGCUUACAAAAAAAAUGUACAGACCUCUGACGUACCGUCACGACAGCGUAUAUUAUGUGUCAGUUAUACAUUUACAGUAUUGUAACGAAAUGUAAUAUGUAAUAAGUUGCAUUUUAGUCAUUAAAGUUGUAGUGCUGUGAAGCUUUAAUCCGCUUAUUUUUCCCGUCUCCUCGCCGUGAAGUACAAGCUGCUGCCUCCUGCAGACCUCAUAGCUGCAAAGAAAUGCAAAAGGAAAAAUGUUAAAAGACGUGUAAAAGAAUACUUUUUUUUAAUAUGCAAUCAGAAGGGUUUAAGUUGAGUAAACAUGCAGCAUUAAGCAUGUCAAGUCAAGAAAACGCUCCCAAUACACCUUUUAAUAAAGCAAAACCACAUCGCAUGCUAGAUGAACAUCUGUCAACUGUGAAAUGCUUAGUGAUUUUAAGGCAUCAGUGUUUCACACAACAUCAGGAAGGUGAGCAAAAUGUAGACAAAACUGUGCACCGUGUAAAGAAACGACCAAAACAACACAACCUUUAGCAGUUGAAAUAAAGAUGCCAGCUUUUUCUUUCAUUAAACGUUUUAUUUGUGUGGCAUUUAAAGCAAAAACAUUCUGAAUAGGCGAAGGUGUUUUUUCUAACCUGUAAUGUUGAUUAAAUGUAUUAAAGUUGGACAGAAAGUA